AGCAGCGAACCUAGUACAUUUAUAGUAAAACUAUUAUGGCAAAUGUCAAUUGAAAUGAAGUCAUCUGUAGGACCUGUGCCUAUGUCCCGUAAUCCGGAGAUAAUUAGUAGCAGAUGUAGGAUGGGUUUUUUUUGUUUUGUUUUUUUUUGGCACAGAACAUACACUAAUCCGCGCUAGCACGCGUGCUGCAUUCAUUAAAUCCCAUCUCGGGCGUAUGCGAAUCAGCCAGCAGCGGCUUUGGUGCGCGGACCGAAAUAGAACAACGGCGUUAGUGAGUAUAAAUAUCGUAACACCUUUGGGCGCUUGUCUUCCUGCUUCCUGCUUCGUUACAACGAUUUGCUGCGGCGAGAAGCACUGUCUAAUCUCAUUUAUUUACAAACACGCACCGUUUAGAGGGUGAUACCGAACGUGACUGGGGGGGACUUGGAGCAGGACCGGGUAAAAGGUGGCCGGUUCUGAGCUGAUUGAUCAACAAAAAUGUAUUACUGUCGACACACCGCUUUUGCUUCAAUCCACCCGUCUACGCAAAAAGGUCAGCACCACAGCUGAUAGACCCGGCUUGUUUGCUGGGUGGGCUACGUAAAAAAAGUAGGAAGAAAAUAAAUGGUCCACACACCGAAAUGUCUCAUGCAGUUAGCCAAUUUUCGUAACGCGUCACUUGCCGUCCCGGUUCGCCUGGUGGUUUGUACUUUCACUGCACCGCACGCGGCCGUGCGCCCACUGUCCGGAAGGUGGUUAGAAUUUAAACACAAAACAUCCCCGUCCGUAUGAUUCCGCGGAAUUCUGUAUGCGAAAUUGAGAAGAUGGUGGUGAUUAAAAUAAAAUGCGGUAGUGUACGGUGCGAUCGUCGUCGUCGUCAGCUGCGGACGGUCCUACGGUAUGUGUGUUUUUGCACGAUUUUGGGCGACAAAAUCUUUUGCUACAAUGCUAGCAAAAUUAGCUGUCGGCGCUCAGUUCCGUUCUGAUGCUCGGCAAAGGAGCAUCGUAAAACGGGUGGAUUAAUUAAUUGUUUAAGGUGCGCCAGAAGUGUGUGGCAGCUCUGUGUGAAGUGAACUUUGUGUGGGAUUAUUAUGAGUGGAUAAAGAUGAUCGGCAUGCCAAACAUCUCCGUAGUAUCUGCAGGCCGGGUACCACGGGCGCUUCUGCUACUGCUGCUACUCGUCGGCACCGUGACAGCUGCUCUCCCGGGCCAGCAGACCUUCAGCUGCCAUCGGCAUGGGCGCGAGUGCAAGCUGUGGAACCUUUACUUGGACACGCCGGACGAAGUGUCGGAGGCGAUCAUCAACACCGGCGGUGAUGGUAGCGGAUCGUUCGUCGAGGUGGAGAUAGCGUACUCGUCGCUGCCCAUCAUCCCGCAGUCGCUGUUUAGCGACAACGAAAAUGUCGUCUCGCUCAAGAUGGAAGAUUGCGAUGUGGAGCUGCUCGAGUCGACCACCUUUGACGAUGCGCACGAGCUGAAGUACCUGCAGUUGCAGAAGAACCAUCUGACGGUGCUGCGCGACGAUGCGUUCGUUCGGGCGACGAAGCUGCUGCGCAUCAAUCUGGGCGCCAAUCGGAUCGUUACGGUCGGUGAGUUCGCGUUCCGUGGGUUGGACAAUCUGGAAACGUUGCGGCUGUCCCGAAACAAGAUCGCUCAGUUUGCGAGCAAAACGUUCGCCGGAUUGCAUCAGCUGACGGAGCUUAAUCUCGAUCACAACCACGCGGAGGAGCUGCCGGAUCGGUUGUUUGAGGAGCUGGGCCAGCUGCGGGAGCUUCAUCUCGAUCACAACUAUCUGUCGGGCCUGUCGCGGAACACGUUCCUCGGGUUGACGGGUUUGCGAAAGCUGAUACUGAAGGAGAACGAGCUGGUGUCGAUCGAUCCGCAAGCAUUUGCACCGCUAACAGCGCUGACCGAGCUUGAUCUGGAGGGUAACAAUCUGAAGCUGCUUUCGCCGAACACGUUCGUGCCGUUGGUGCAUCUACGCGAGCUCUUGCUUGCGGACAACUACAUCGAGCGGCUUGAUGAUGGGAUAUUUGCGGGCAACCUCAACCUGGAGAUACUGAAGCUGAAUAACAACUCGAUCGAGGAGCUGCAGCCCGCUGUGUUGGCCGGCUUGAAAAACUUGGAAGAUUUGUCCCUGCAGCACAACGAAAUUCGUAUGCUGGAAAGGAACCUGCUGAAAAGUGCUACCAGCUUGCGGGUGCUCCAGCUGGAGGGAAACGUCAUUCACAAGAUUAUCCCGGGCACGUUCGAUACCUUGAAACGGUUGGAGACGCUAGACCUGGAGGACAACAGUUUGUCGUCGAUUGAGGGUGGCAUCUUCAAUGGUUUAACAUCGCUGGAAAAACUGUACAUCAAUGAGAAUCAGAUCGAGGAGCUGAAAGCUGGCACACUGAAGGGACCGGAACGGCUCAGGAAGCUCGAGCUAGAGCAAAACAUCAUCAAGCGCAUUGAUGAGCGAUUUUUGGACGACACAACACAACUGCGCACUCUGUCGCUGGAAGAGAACCUUAUCGACGAGAUCCCGGUGAAGCUGUUUGCAAACCAGAAGAGUCUGAAGGAAAUUUCGCUCGAAAACAACAACAUUCAGCAGCUACCGGAUGGUGUAUUUGCGGCGAUCUCCACCUGCCUGGAGGAGCUCUAUCUUGCCGACAACGAUCUGUCGGAGCUGUCACCGGCCGUGCUCGAUCUUCCGCGCUUGGAGCUGCUCGACAUAUCGGACAACAAGUUCCGCGAUCUUCCGGACGAUAUGUUUAGCAAGGCGAAGCAAUUGCACGAACUGUAUGCGGACGGUAACAUGAUCGACGAUAUACCGGAUGCGCUGCGAUCGCUGCUCCGGCUGUCCACCCUUUCACUGACCCGCAACCGUUUGCACGACAUCGAUCCACAGAGCUGGAGCAUGAUGCAGCGCUUGAAGGAGCUGUAUCUGUCCGAGAACUUUAUCCAGGUGCUGACGCCCCAGAGCUUCGAGCGGCUGGAAUCGUUGAAGGAGCUGCAUCUCGAUCGGAACCAUCUGCAUACGAUCCCGGCGAACACGUUCGCGCGGAAUGGAAAUUUGGAAAAGCUAAAUCUUUCGAGCAAUCAUCUGCAGGGCCCGCUGGUGAAUAGUUUUGCUGGGCUGUGGAAAUUGAAAGAGCUACAGCUGGCGGACAAUCCGCUCGUCACGAUGGAGGCAAACAGCUUCCGGGACCUGAGGAAGGUGGAGAAGCUUUCGCUGGAGAACGUGAGUCUGGCGGAUGUAAGUGGUAGUCCGUUCUACGGUAUGGCAUCGCUGGAAAAGCUCGAUCUUGACGAGAACCGUGUGCAGCGGCUCGAAGGUUCAUCGUUGCGAGGGUUGGAGAUGCUGGAGAAGUUGUACAUCAAUCACAACCCGGUGGCACGCAUCGACACGAACACGUUCAAGCAUUUGGGCAACCUGCAGACGAUCUCGAUCGGACCAGGUGCAAUCGAUUUCACGGAAGAUCUGUUGCAGAACAAUCAGCGGCUGAAGGAGCUAUAUCUGUUCGAUUGCGUUGCUAGUCCACUGCCUGGGCGAUUUUUUCACUUCAACAAGAAACUGCAAACGUUGGCGAUCGUCGAUAAUGAGAAGCUGGGUGGUCUGAACAAGCAGUGGUUUAAGGAUCUUUCGAACCUGCAGCGACUUGUGCUGAUGCGCAAUGGGCUGAAGCAGUUUGAGAAGGGUAUAUUCGAUUCGUUGGACGGGUUGGAUGAGCUGUACCUAGCGGGAAAUCCGGUGGGGGAGCUGGAUCGUGACGUUUUUGCGAAGGUCGUUGGACUGGAGGUGUUGGACCUUUCGAGCAUGAAGCUGCGUACGCUCCCCAUGGGCAUAUUCGAUAACCUGUACGAUCUUGAAACGCUGGACCUGGGCGAGAAUGAGCUCGCGAGUGGAUUAACGAACGGAGUGUUUAGGAAUCUGUACUCGCUGAAAACGCUUUCGCUCGACAACAAUCAUCUGAAAACACUCGAUACGGUGCUGUUUGAUGAUUUGAAGAAUCUUCGCACCAUCGAUCUGAGCGGCAACGAGCUGAGCACACUCGAUCCUCAGCUAUUCCACGACUCGCUCGAUCUGGAACUGUUGGACCUUUCCGCGAACAAGUUCACCACGUUCGAUCUGCAGCAGACAACGUUCUCGAAAACGCUCGUCGAGCUAGACAUGGACGACAAUCAGCUGGUUUCGAUCCGGGUCACCGAGGACCUGGAGGAGCUGUACGUGGAAAACAAUCAGCUGACGGCGAUCGAGGUCGAUAACUCACCGUCGUACAAUCUGCGCAGCCUUUCGAUUGCGAACAACAAAUUCAUCGAACUGGACUCGCUGUACCGGUUCAACAAUCUCGAGGAACUGGACGCAUCGUACAAUGCGGAGCUGCGGGUGCUGGAGCUGGGAAGAAUAUCGAAGGCAAUGUCGGUGCUGGAAGUGUUGAACGUGUCGCACUGCGCUAUCAACGAGCUAAGCUUGGCGGAGAUUGAGGUGCACGCGUUCCUGGAGCUGUUGGAUGUGUCGGGCAAUAAGCUGCCCAGUUUGGAGCUGGAUGCGUAUCGUUACUUCCCCGCGGUGGAGAGCUUUAUAUUCGGGGGUAACGCGUUCGAGAAGUUCUCGAUUGAGGAGGUGCUGAGCAGCUUUAAGGAUUUGGAAAUGAUCGGGCUGGAUGGUACGACUUGGGAGCCCACCUUCCUGGACGAGCUCGAGAGUUACAUACAGGAUCGGGACGUACGGUUUUGGCAUCAUGGAGCAGGUGAGAGCCCUACCUGCACUAUCGGACGCGUCAGUCAGCUGUUUUGUUACGAGCCGAACAAAGUGUACCAGUAUUGUUCUGAAGGUUCCCGCCCGCCUGUUACGAUGGGAAGCUUCCGAAGAAGCAUUUUGGAAGUGUUCGCUGUGCUUCUGCUGGUGGCCAGUGCGUGGGGUGAAUCGCAGUUUGACUGUGAAUACAAUGAGUGUGAGUUCGUGCUGGAUGAGAGCAGUCUGGCGCAGGACAUACACUCGUACAAGUUUAAUUUCACUGUAGAGAGCGGCGCGAUCGACACGAGCUUCGAUGGAUCGCGACUUUCGAUCGUUCCACCGUCGCUGUUCCUCGACUAUGGCAGCCGGCUAGACACGUUGGUUAUGGCGGAGGUAGAUGUACAGCGUCUCAAUCCCGAUACGUUCGGUGCCGCAUUCGCUCUGCGAACGUUGAAAAUGCAGAAAAAUCGCAUCCCGAAGCUGCACAAUUACAUGUUCCGCAAUUCCACCAAACUGGAGCGCAUCAACUUCGGCAGCAACCGGAUCGAUGUGGUGGAAGAAUUCACGUUCUCUGGGUUGAGCAAGCUGGAGCUUCUUCGGCUGUCACGCAACAAGAUUGGUGUGCUGCCGGCGAAGUUGUUUGUUGGAUUGAGUGGCUUGAAGGAUCUGCAUCUGGAUCACAACCGUAUCACGGAGCUACCGGGACGCAUGUUUGCAGACCUGCCGCUGCUCCGAGAGCUGUAUCUGGCCUUUAACUACCUCGAGAAGCUUACGAAGGAUAGCUUCGUUGGGAUCCCCAAUCUCCGCAAGCUUGCGCUGCAAAACAAUCGCAUCAGCUCCAUCGAACCGGACACGUUCAAACCGCUGAGCUCGUUGGGCUAUCUGUAUUUGCAGUCGAACAAGCUGACAACCCUAGCGUCGGAAACGUUCGUGGCGCAGGUGAAGCUUACCGCUUUGGAUUUGAGCGUGAACUAUUUGAGGCAGCUUCCGAAGGAUCUGUUCCGACAAACUAUCGCGCUGGAAGGUUUGAAGCUGAGCAAUAACUCGCUCCGCGAACUGGAUUCCGAUCUGUUCGAGAGUGUGGUAAAUCUUGGUGAGCUACUGCUGGAGCACAACGAGCUUGAAUCGAUCGAGGAGGCACUGUUUAGGAACCUGCAGAAGCUGGAUUUACUGUUGCUGGAAAACAAUCGGAUAGGUCACAUCUUCCCCGGUACGUUUGAUCCGUUGCGAAAACUCGAGCUGCUAGACCUCAACAACAAUGGAGUCAUGAUGAUCGAGGGAGGUCUGUUCCGUGCGCUGCGAUCUCUGAAAAAGCUAUUCCUCAACAACAAUCUUAUCAGUGUGCUUAGCGACGAAUGUUUGAAUGGCACCGUUAUGCUUAAAGAAAUCCAUCUGGACAACAACCCAAUUCAAUCGAUCGACGAACGGUUCCUGAACAGACCGCAGCUCUCGCUACUUUCGAUGGACAGGUGUGGACUGAAAACGCUACCGAAGCAGCUGUUCGCCAAUCAACAGUUUCUGCGCACGCUGUCGCUGCAGGGUAACAAGCUGACCGAGCUUGAACCGGAAACGUUCGAGCCGCUGAAGCGACUGGACGAGCUGGAUCUGAGCGAAAAUCGGCUACAGGACAUCGGGAACAGUUUGGCGAAUCUUACCAAUCUCGAUGUGCUGGAUCUGUCGGGCAAUCGGAUCCGCACCAUUGCGGACAAUGCGUUCGCGAGCAUGAAGCACCUGAAGAAGCUCAAUCUCGACGACAACAAGCUGACGGAAAUUCCACGCGCAAUCACCGCGCUUCCGAAGCUGAAGGCGAUAUCGUUGGAGAACAAUAAGCUGAAAUCAACUGUGGUGCCAGCGAGUGUGGAGCUCACCGAGCUGUAUUUGGGUGAGAAUGAAAUCAGCUCUCUGCAGCUGGAUAAGUUCCCGGGGUUGGAUGAACUGUUUGUCGAAAACAACCGACUGACCAGCCUGUCAGCGGAUACGUUCGCUAACAACAUUAAGCUGAAGGUAUUGGAUUUGUCAGGCAAUCGUCUCACCGGACCGCUGGAACGUGUUUUCACUCCGUUGAGUAUGCUGAAAACUCUUAGCUUGAGUGGUAAUGCAUUGGGAAGCCUAACGUCGGGGACGUUCGAAGGCUUGCCCGAGUUGGACGAUCUAACGCUGAAGAACAUCAGUCUCGGUCAGCUAGGUAAGGCACCGUUUGCAUCACUUUCGCAGUUGGAAAAGUUAGAUCUGUCGGAGAACGGUUUCGCCAGUGUUGGUGCUGAGACAUUGCGCAGCAACGGGAAGCUUGAAGCAAUCUACCUGAACGAUAACAACAUCAGCAUCGGUUCUCUGGAUGGAUUGGUCGGACUGGAUCGGUUGAAGUUGAUUUCACUUUCGUAUGAAAAUGUGAUCAUCCCGGACACGUUGCUCGAAAACAAAACCAAGCUUGAAGAGUUUUACAUGCAGGGAAGUACGUUCCGCAGUCUACCGGCCAACUUCUUCCGCUCUACACUGGCGCUCGAAAAGUUGUCCAUUUCAGAUAACAAGCAGUUUGUGAAGCUGCCGAAAGAUUUCUUCCAGAACAUACCGUACCUGAAGGAGCUUGUUCUGCUGAACAACAGCCUAUCGACACCCGAACCGGGUGUGUUCGAUCCCUUGGGACUGCUGGAGAAGCUGGACAUUUCGGAAAACCCGUUGAAGUCAUUACCCAUUGGCUUGUUCGCGAAGACGUACAGCUUGACGAAGUUGCGUGUGGCUGAUGCGAACCUAUCUACCAUCCCGGUGGGACUCUUCAGCAGUUUGUACGCGCUUGACAAGCUUGACCUGAGCAACAAUCAGCUGAAAACGCUGUCGAAGGGUGUUUUUGAUGGGCUUUACUCGCUGGAACUGAUCGUGCUCGAUAACAAUGGCAUCGAGCAGUUGGAACCGGCCGUGUUUGUGGGUCUGGAGAAGCUGAAGACCGUGACGCUCUCUAAGAACAAGCUGAGCACAUUGGAUCCGCAACUGUUUGCCGGAUUGCCGGUGGAAGGAAUCGAUAUUUCGGGCAACAAGUUUACAACGUUUGAUGCCAGUGCGGUGGCGUUUGCAAAGACGCUGCUUAUCCUGUCGGUGGAAGAGAAUGCACUCAGUUCGCUCAAGGUAUCGUCCGUGUUGGAAAAGUUGUACGCCGACAACAACCAGCUGUCGGCGAUCGAGGUGAAGCUUGAGGAAUCGGCACCAUUCAGCACACUGACGACCAUCUCUGUAACGCACAAUAACUUCACUAGCCUGGAAAGCUUCUACAAGCUAAAAAUGCUGUCCGAGCUGGACUUGGCGUACAACAGGCUGGAAGUGUUGGAGCUGGGUAAGCUGAGCAGCGAAAUACUGCCACUCUACAUACUGAACGUGUCGGACAGCUACGUGCAACGCAUCAACACCGAUGGGGUUAAGGUACCGAAGCCUCUGACUCACUUGGACAUCUCAAACAACAACGUGACGACGCUGGACGUGGCCUCGUUUGCCGUGUUCCAGGAUCUGGAAAACUUUGUGUUCGGAGGCAACAAGUUCGACACGUUUUCGGUGAGCGAUUUAAUCAGUGCGUUCCGGCAGCUGAAAACGAUCGGGCUGGAAGGUACGGCCUGGAAGUGUGAUUUCUUGACCGGUUUGAAGCAGUCGCUACAGCCGGUGGAUGUGGGCUUCUGGUACAAAGCAAGCGAAUCGGAAGAAGCUAGCAUCACUAAGGUGUGUUCGAAGGAGGUCGAUGGUAUCUGCUGUGUUUGAAGAAAACGAAGCAAUGGCUUGAGACAAUAAAGAAACGAUUGA